CUUGGCCUUACCUGCCGACCUGGCAAAAUGGUCCGGCACAACAACGUCGUUCCAAACAACCACUUCAAGAAGAAGUGGCAGUUCUACGUGCGGACCUGGUUUAACCAGGCCGCCCGCAAAGAGCGCCGCCGGAAUGCACGCGCCGCGAAGGCCGCUAAGGUGUUCCCCCGGCCGUCUGCUGGCCUUUUGAGGCCUGUGGUGCGUGGACAGACGCUCAAGUACAACAGCAAGCAGCGUCUGGGCAAGGGCUUCACCUUGGAUGAGCUGAAGGAGGCGGGCAUUGCCGUUCGGAUGGCGUCGAGCCUGGGCAUUGCCGUUGAUCACCGCCGCCGCAACAAGUCUCUGGAGAGCCUGCAGGAGAACGUGCAGCGCCUCAAGGCCUACCGAAGCAACCUGGUGGUGUUCCCUCGCAACGUCAAGAAGCCAAAGGCUUUCGAGACCCCUCUGGCGGAGGCCAAGGUGGUUCCCCAGGCCACGGGCGCCGUGGUCAUGCCGAUUGUGCGCACCCAGCCGGCGCUGGAGACCGUCAAGGUCACGAGCGAGAUGAAGGCGAACGCGGGCAAGGAGCUGAGCGAGAUCAAGGCGACGGCUUACGCCAAGCUGCGCCUGGAGCGGACGAACGUCCGGCUAGUGGGUGCGCGGGCCAAGAAGGCCAAGGAGGCUGCCAAGGAGGAGGCUGCCUAAGCGCCAGGGUUGUGGGCCGGCUGCACGGGGGCUGUCUGGGAAUGCUUGUAACCAUACGGCAAUGGCGAGCCGUUCGUCGUUCA